UUUACAGACGACGAGCAAUGCUGCGAGGGGAAAGGCCCUGGCGGAAAGAGAGGGCACAAGUUUAGUACAGAAGCGAGCGGGGAUGGUGUCGAGGCAGCCACACGACGAUGAAGGCGCGUUCAUUCCUUCACGCGACCUGCCCUCCUUGCGCACACCUCUUCUGUCCACUGGUGAUGCUCUUCGAGCUCUCAACGCCCUGAGGAGAGGCUACGGUCUCCCCGCACGGAGCUCCCCCGCAGACCGCGGCAGGGAAAGUGGCACGACACAUCAUGUCGGGCCGCCAGUCUACGUCGAGGGUGGUGAUGAAGAGCACCAGCGCGAAAGCGAAGAGGGUGAGGGGGUGCAUGAUGUGCCUACACUCGCAGGCGGAGAUGCCGUCGGUGAUGAGUUUGAGGAACGUACGGCUCGCGCGUGGCUGCAGCGAUUGAUCUCGGGGAAGGUCACGCUUGUCAACGAUGUUGGUCAACGGAACGAUGGGAAACACGGCAUGGAAUCCGGUCAAGGGGGGACGCUAAAGGACGAAAUGAUGGACACAGAUCUCGCAUUGGAUGAUGCUGCUGUACUGCUCUCCAUGACUGCCGGGAAAUCUGCUUCCGGCCCCUCGACCCUUACGUACCGUUUCCACUCAUUCCACAAGAGCCUAUCAACCAGACCUGCCGGCGCAGCCCCUCCACCAGAAGCGGAAGUCAAGGUCACGCUGCGCGACCAGACGCUCGUCGCAGACGCACUGGGAGGGCGAACAUGGGGCGCUGCGCCGCUGCUCGCGUGGGAGCUGCUGGCGGCUACGACGCGUAGAGCGCCGGGCGGGGAAAAAGCUGGUCAGAGUCCGCUAGCGCCGCAGCCGACUGCCGCACCGCGAAGAAUUCUCGAGCUGGGAGCCGGGACAGGCCUUGCUGGGCUCGCACUGGCUUCCUUCCUGGAGCAGCAGCACAGCGCGAGGGUCGCGAAAGAGGAUGCGGCAAACGAGCAAGUGAUGCCUCCUCCGUACGAGCUGGUGCUCACCGAUCACCAUCCGAACGUGCUGGCGAACUUGCGCCAGAACGUCGAGUUAUGGAUGAAAGAACAACAACAACAGCAGCAGCAGCCCAGUCGGAGCCGCGUGGCGGGUAGGAUCGACUGCUGCGAGCUGGACUGGUACGAGGUAUAUCGCGCAUCGCUACCCACCGAAGGCGCGCCGGGGACCGAUGCACAUGGCGCAGCGUACACGAGCCGGGAUUCGACCGCGCAGACGCUGCCGGCGGCAGCGGUCCUCGCUACCGAUCGGGCACACGCUCAUGAGGAGGAGGAAGCAGAAGGAGAAGGCGAGCAUGGCGCAGCGCCGACGCUGACGGGAACGUUCGACACGCUAAUCGUGGCAGAUUGCAUUUACGACACGGCCCAUCCGGUGUGGAUCCGCGCUGUCGCGGCCAGGCACUUGGCCAAGCCGAAGCUGGCGUCCGCGCACGGCGAGCAGCAUGGUGGAGAUGAACGUACAAGUGCGGGUGCAGGGCCAGGGGUAGCUAGCACGCUGCCGCUGAUGCACGUAUUGUCCCCGCUUCGACAAACGCAUGCAGGGGAGAUCGACAAGCUGCAUGAGGUCUUUCCUCCGGCUGGUGUGCACAGCAGCAGCGGCGGCAAAGAGAAGGACUGGCAGCUGCGAACGCUCUCGCAGUGUGUCAUGGUCGGCUACGACGACUUUGCCGGUGUCCGGUGGCGCUCGUCGAGGUUCGCGCCGCGACGCCCUGCGGAGGAAGAGGGGGGCGAGGGCCGGGCGGGCACGCGGACCGAGUACGUGUACAUGCAGAUCGGAUGGGUCCUGGUGUGAGACGUGGAUGUAUGCGAGUGUAUAUGUAUAUAUAAAUGCAUGACUGCAGAUGUAUU